GCACUUUUGUCUUUAUGUUCAUAUAGAAUAUGAGGUUGAUUAUUCAUACAAGCAUUUACUUCAUACAUGGGCAAGAGAGUAAUUUGGUAAGCGACGUAGUGUUGUCAUCUAUGCGGUUAAUUAUUUAUAUAUGCCAUUGCUACCCUCAGUGUUCGUCCUCAGUGCAUUAGCUAUGGUUUUUCAUCACCGUUUAUCUGCGCUGUGCCUCUCUUCUCUUCUUGUAACUCUGCUUCUAUGUGCAGCUGGGGUGAGUUCUUUUUCUUCAGAAAAUGCCACCAAAAUAGGCCAAGGCUACCGUCUUAUCUCCAUUGAAGGAACCCCUGAUGGAGGCCUCGUGGGUCUUCUUCAAGUUAACCAGAAGACCAAUAUCUAUGGCCCUGAUAUCCACCUUCUACGCUUCUACGCCAAGCAUGAGACAGAGAACCGUUUGAGGGUACACAUAACUGAUGCUAAUAAGCAAAGGUGGGAGGUCCCCUACAACCUUUUACCAAGAGAGCAACCGCCAGCUCUGUCUCAAACCAUUGGAAGGUUCAGGAAGAACCCUAUUGCAGUCUCAGAGUACUCUGGUUCUGAGCUUCUGUUCAGCUACACUUCUGACCCUUUUAGCUUUGCGGUAAAAAGGAAGUCAAAUGGUGAGACCCUUUUUGACUCUAGCUCUGGUGAUUCAGACCCUUUUAGUUCCCUGGUUUUCAAGGACCAGUACCUUGAGAUUUCUACCAAAUUGCCUGAAGAUGCUUCCUUGUAUGGUUUGGGGGAGCAUACACAGCCGCACGGGAUCAAAUUGUAUCCCCAAGACCCUUUCACUCUGUAUACAACUGAUAUUCCAGCUAUUAAUCUCAAUGCUGAUCUGUAUGGAUCGCACCCUAUAUACAUGGAUCUCAGAAAUGCAGGUGGUAAAGCUUCUGCACAUGCUGUUCUGCUGCUCAAUAGCAACGGAAUGGAUGUACUUUACACGGGAACCUCUCUGACAUACAAGAUUAUUGGAGGUGUAUUUGAUUUUUACUUCUUUUCUGGCCCUUCGCCUUUGAAUGUUGUUGAUCAAUACACUUCCUUAAUUGGAAGACCAGCUCCAAUGCCUUACUGGGCUUUCGGUUUCCACCAAUGCAGAUACGGGUAUCACAACUUAUCAGUGGUAGAAGAUGUUGUGGAGAAUUACAAGAAGGCUCAAAUCCCACUUGACGUGAUCUGGAACGAUGCUGAUCACAUGGAUGGAUACAAGGACUUCACUCUCAACCCAAGCAACUACCCUCGUCCAGAGCUUUUAAACUUCCUCAACAAGAUACACAGGGUAGGAAUGAAAUACAUUGUCAUUAUUGACCCUGGUAUUGGUGUAAACUCCAGUUAUAGUGUAUACCAAAGAGGUAUAGCUAAUGAUGUAUUUAUCAAGUAUGAAGGUGAGCCUUACUUGGCUCAAGUUUGGCCAGGGCCAGUGAACUUUCCUGAUUUUCUCAAUCCAAAGACGGUUUCUUGGUGGGGUGACGAAAUACGUCGCUUCCAUGAACUUGUUCCUAUUGAUGGCCUAUGGAUUGACAUGAAUGAAGUUUCAAAUUUCUGCUCUGGAAAGUGCAAAAUUCCUAAGGGAAAGGUGUGCCCUAGUGAAACAGGACCUUCUGUGGUUUGUUGUUUGGAGUGCGAGAACAUUAACAAAACCCGAUGGGACGAUCCUCCCUACAAAAUAAAUGCCUCAGGAAUACAAGCUCCUAUUGGCCACAAGACAAUAGCCACUAGUGCAGUCCACUAUAAUGGGAUUUUGGAGUAUGAUGCUCACAGUAUUUAUGGUUUCUCUCAAUCCAUUGCAACUCACAAGGCCCUUCUAGGUCUUGAAGGCAAAAGGCCUUUUAUUCUGUCGCGCUCAACUUAUGUCGGUUCAGGCAAAUAUGCUGCACAUUGGUCCGGUGACAAUCAGGCUACAUGGGAGAACUUGAGGUACUCAAUAUCCACCAUGAUAAAUUUUGGUAUAUUUGGGGUCCCAAUGAUUGGCUCAGACAUAUGCGGGUUCUUUGCACAACCCACUGAAGAACUGUGCAGCAGAUGGAUUGAAGUAGGGGCUUUCUACCCUUUCUCAAGGGAUCAUUCUGACUACUACACCCCUAGACAGGAGCUUUACCUAUGGAAAUCAGUAGCUGAGUCUGCUAGAAAUGCUUUGGGUAUGAGGUACAAGAUACUUCCAUAUCUUUACACUCUGAACUACGAGGCUCAUGUCAGUGGAGCCCCAAUUGCAAGACCUCUUUUCUUCUCAUUUCCAACAUACACUGAGUGCUAUGGCCUUAGCACCCAGUUCUUGCUAGGAAGCAGUCUCAUGAUUUCUCCAGUGCUUGAGCCCGGCAAAACAGAGGUGAAAGCACUCUUCCCUCCUGGUAGCUGGUACAGCUUGCUGGAUUGGACACAGACCAUUACAUCAAAUGAUGGAACAUAUGUUACCCUUGAUGCUCCUCUGCAUGUGGUGAAUGUGCAUUUAUAUCAGAAUACCAUUCUUCCAAUGCAGCAGGGUGGAUUGAUAUCUAAGGAUGCUCGAAUGACACCCUUCAGCCUCAUCGUAACCUUCCCAUCUGGGGCUGCUGAAGGGGAAGCGAAAGGGAACCUCUUCCUUGAUGACGAUGAACUACCAGAGAUGAAGCUUGGAAAUGGCUAUUCCACCUACAUUGAUCUCCAUGCAGCUGUCAAACAAGGUGGUGUGAGAGUUUGGUCAGAAGUUCAAGAGGGUAAGUUUGCAUUGGAUCAAGGUUGGGUUAUUGAAUCUAUAUCUGUGUUGGGAUUGGGAGGAAGUGGAGCAGUGCAUGCACUUGAGAUAAAUGGAAUGCCUGUCUCUGAUGUGAAAGUUAGUACAUCUGAACAUAAGCACUUGGAUGGUCAGGCAAAUGGAGAAAGUAAGACCGGGAUGGUAGCAUUGAAAAACUUGAACAUCCCUCUUGGUGAAAACUUUGCUUUGACCUGGAACAUGGGAUGAUGAUAGGUUGAAACUGUCUCUUAUCAUCAUUUGUAACAAGCCAAGGCAACAAACCUUGUGAGGUGAAAACUGAUUGUUGUUAUAGUUCUUUAGGUGCCUGAAUUGAAAUUCUCCUCAUUCCAGUGAUUUAGGAUUAUUCCUUCAAUGCCAUUGUUGUAAUCCAACAUCCUCCAAUCUUCCCAUAAUAAAGCAAACAUGUUUAUAUAAA